UGCAUGACGUAGCAGUGCAGCUAGCUUGAGAGCACAGUGUAUUUAACAUGGAUGCCCCUCUACGGAGUAGUGCAGGUGGUCUUUUGGUGGAACCCAGGUGGCUUGGUGAGCAGCAGCCUGGGGCGACCAAGAUACGGUAAUCAUCCACAACCACAGCCUGUCUGCCUUUCAGCGGCAUGUGCGCUCUUGAGCUAUACCUUACCUUAAACUCCACCAUCAGUAUUUUAAGGUUGGAGCCUCCAGGGCAGCUUGAUUCAAUUUUUGUGUGUUUUUCCAGCCCACAGAUGUGAAGUGGGCUGGGUUCUUCUUACGGGAGACGGCCGACUGCUGCCAACCGAGCAUCCCGCGUGUCUAUCCGUCCUUUGCACCUGCAGAACACUGAACGGUGAAGCUGAACAAAAACACUCGGGAUAAGAAAGAGACGGGCCUUUAUCGUUUGCGCGCCGUCUCCUCCCGCCGCAGCCCGUUGCGAAACUCUGGUCAACGGGUCCAGCCUUUUCCAUCUGCAUUCCGUUCUAUUCUUGAAAGGCAUGUGUCGAUAUGGCGUCACAGGUGUUGAUUGCCCACACGGGUCAGCGCCUGCAUCUUGACGCUUCCCAGGCCUCAUCCUUGGACAACCUCAAGGCCACCGUGGCCUUGAAUUUAUCUAUACCCGCACAGUACAUCAUCGCGUUGACCCCCCAGGGAAGGCCCUUGAAGCCCCAAGCCACCCACACCGAGAAAGAAAUCUACAUUUACGAUAGUCGCCUAGCCCUAGGAUCGUCCCCAGGAACACCGCCUCCUGCCCGGUCCGAGCUCCCUAUGCCCAAGGAAUACAGAUUCUCGGACGCCCCGGACUUGAUCGAAGACUCGCGCUCUAUUCACGCAUGGCAAGAGUUGUACAAGGCACGCCAGCUCUGGGCGUUCAGGGUGGUGGAGGAUUGCAGGCAGAUGGCUACCGCCGCAGAUGACCGCUACAGCGAAAUCGAUGUUAUGCUCCGUUGUCUCGAUGCGGCUGUCACCAACCUCGAGUCUGUCAUCCGAGGCCUGGAGCCCAAAUAUGCAGAGCUCACGAGAUGGAUUCCCACAGCCCGGGCUGACUAUGCGGCAUUGACAACAGGAUGGGAGGAGUAUCUAUCGCUUGCACGGAGCAUUCCGGUUUCGUCGGCGAUGGUCCGGUUUAUGACCGGACAGGAGGUCAGCGGCACUAAGGCAAGGCUGCAGCGGCAGGCCACUUUGGAAGACCUGAUUGAUCUGGAAACUACCCGAAAAGCUGGCCGUUUGGCGCCAGCAGCCCUCCGCAAAUUCAACAACAGGGUCGCGGAUCUAGACAAGGCUGCGACACGCCUAUUCCAAGAUGCUGAGGAUCUCUUCCGGGAGUUUGAGAGGACCAUGGCACGGUCAACCAUGGACCAUUCUCGUGACGCACAUCAGUUAUUGCAGGACAUUGAAGCGGUGGCCAAGAAAAUAGACACGGACUACCAAACGACAUUGGAGUACACGAGUUCGACCCGGGACGCCCUCUCGCAAAUUUCCAAGAUUGCGGUCAACCAUACCGAGCGCUUGCUGCCAAGCAUGGCAAAGCGAGCGGUCGAACUGAGCAACAUGCUCCAGUAUGCCACACAAGCCAGAAAUACUCUUGCGGCCGAGUCCACAGAAUUCAUGCGGAGCAUUGCCGAUAUCACGUCGCUCAGCAGCAGUGUCAAGGCUCAAAUCAAUGGGGUCAACCAAGAAGACGAGCUCUCCACAUUUGAUCAUCUCCGUCUCGUUCAACAAAGUCCGUACAUGUACGCCUCCUUCGUCGUUGAGGCGAUCAGGCGCCGCGAGUGGCUUGAAAAGGUCAAGCAAGACUCGUCCACCCUUGCCAACGAGAUGGCUCUCUUUCAAGAAGAGGAGAUCAAGCGGCGCAAAAAGUGGUACAAAUCCAUUGCGAACACAUAUGGGCCCCAAACUCCAACGUCAGAGAGUAAUGUACCCGGCUUGGAAGUAAAUCUGCUCGGAGAAGAAGAGAGCUGGCCGUCAAUGACUCGAGGGGACCUGGAAGAGUUCUUUGCGCUCCUACAAAUACCAAAGGCAGACCCCGAGAUCGUGAAUGACGUGGGAAAGCUGGUGGCAGAGCUGAACAACCCUACAAGACAGCAGUCCAGGAGGAUGAAGGCCUUUAAAAACGGCAGCGUGCAUGAGGCUGCCCUCGGACGUAGUGGCUUGUUGAUUCGCGGUGAUGACGACCUACUCCGAACGUUGCAAAAUGAGAAAGCUAAGCUGGAGGGCAAGCUUAAAACAGCAGAAAGUCGGGUGCGACGUCUGGAGGAUUUGCUUCACCGCCAAACCCAAGCAUCACGACCAAAUAUCGGCAAUCUAUUCCAGGCCCCGAGCCAGCAGUUACCGGACCGCAAUGACUCUACAAUAUCGGUCCGGUCACCUCGGAUCACAGACGACCGGAGAGGAUCACUUGAGGGGGCUGACGUUUUGGCCCAACGAAUUCAGCAGCUCGAGUCUGACCUUGCAGCCGAGAAGGAGAGGUCGGCGGGUCUAGAAAGGGAAUUGAAUGUGCAGGUGGCCCAGCAUAACAAUAUCAAGGGCCAGUUGAGCGAGGUCAACUCGACGAAAAAGGACUUGUUGGAAAAUAUGGAGGCUCAAAAACGGGAGUUUGUGGAGGAGCGAAAGUCUUUCCAGGAGGAGAUCCGGCAAUUGCAACUGCGCCUGGAGCACACAGAAGACGAGAUUGAACACUAUGGUGAGUCAAGGGAGCAUGAAAAAACCUCUUACGAUGAGAGGAUUCGCCUUCUUGAGUGCGAGGUGCUUGAGAAGCAGGACGCCCUCCUGAAAUUUGAAGGCCAAAUUGAGGUCCUUCGUAAGGAAACAGGCUUGCAGCGGGAGAGGCUGGAGGCCCAGGAGCGGCAGUUGCAGCACGCACAAGACGAGCGGCAAGACCUAGUAACGAAGGUCGAGGUGACAAGUGAGGAAGCGGGACAUCAUGUCAAGACGCUACAUUCUCUUUGGGGACUGUUGGCGCCAGACGCAUCCAUCCCGGUCGAUCCCACUAAGCUUUCAGAAGCAAUUGUUGGCAAAAUUAACGAUGUACUGUCUCGACUGCAGAGGCUAGACGGAGAUAUGUCGCUUCUGCGCCUGGAUCUCGAUUCUUCUCAGAGCGCAGCCAAGAUUGCGCAGGCGGAGAGGGCAUCCCUGGAAGCAAGAUUCGAUACUUUGCGCAAGGCAGUUUCCGAGGAGAGGGCAAAGGUAGCUGAAUUAGAAGGCAAACUGGCAGAUAGUCGCAGCCAACUCCAACAGCUGCGCUCGAAGUUGGCCGAUGGUGAGACUGGUACAGAGUCUCUACGAAAACAGCUCGAGCAACAAGAAAAGAAAAUCAUGGUCAUCACAGAGGAGCUGGCGUCGCGCACAUCGCAGGUCGGCAGCAUGGAAGAAGGCGCUCGGCUACUGAAGGAGAAGCUGAAGGAAUCGCAGGUCCGGUUGUCGGAGCUGGGAGCUUGGUUUGAAUCUCGGACCGAGCAAGCAAAAGAAAUUACCCAAAGGCUAUACGCCCAGAACGAAUGUUUGAUACGCCUCCUUGAGCGGCUCGGGUUUUCGGUAACCCGUCAGGAUGGCAACAUGACGAUACAAAAGGUUCCGAGGGCAGAACGCUCGACUCAAAGCACAAGUGACUUGGAUCCCAGCAUGUCUCUUCGACACUCCAGCAACCUUAACCUGCGCCCAAUUGCAGACAGUGCCGACCUGAAGCUAUUAUACUGGAUGGAUAGCAAAAACAGACAAAGCGAGUCAGCAAGGUAUACCGCCUACUUGGAAUCACUUGGCUACUUUGACAUGGAUGCCUUUUGCGAAACCGUGAUACGCCGCGUUCGAGAUAUUGAAAAUAUUGCCCGGAAGUGGCGAGGAUACCGGGACAAGGCACACGCAUUGCAAAAGGAUGCUCACAACAAGAUCGCCUUCAAACACUUCAAGGAGGGCGACCUGGCAUUGUUUCUUCCUACCAAGAAUCAGGCAACAGGUGCUUGGGCGGCAUUCAAUGUGGGCUGUCCCCAUUACUUUCUUCGCGAGCAAGAGUCGCACAGGCUGGACAAUCGUGAGUGGAUCGUUGCCAGAAUCUCGCGGAUCCAGGAUCGCGUCGUGGAUCUCUCCAAAUCACUGCAACAUCAGCCUGGAGAUCGAAGGAGGGGGUUGUCUACAGACGCGGAGCUAUCUAAGGACGACAAUGACAACCCCUUCGGCCUGUCUGAUGGUCUGAGGUGGUAUCUGAUCGAUGCAGAGGAGGAUAAGCCAGGUGCUCCGAAUACGCCGGGCCUUGCAAAGUCUACAGUGACGGUAGCUGCCAACAAAGUCGAGGCCAUGGCUGACAUGCACACCCAUGGGCGGUCGGGGUCCAAGUCUGGAGGGCUUGUGGGUCGUGGAGCUGCGCCGUCUGGCAUUGAGGGGGUCAGCAAGACACUUUCCAAGAGUCUCGAGAGCCGUCGCUCUAGUACGGGCUCUAGAAAGGCCCUGCCCUUUGCGAUUGGUGUUUCUCGAGGUCGGGACAGUGCCGUCGCUAGUGAGACAAACUCUCUCCGUGCUGCGCCAGCCGAUACCCCGGUGGCCACAAGUCCUAUACAACAGCAUGCUGUGCCUCAGGUUACCACUCAAGCAGUUGAUGCGAGGCAGACGAUCGGUGCCGACGGAGAAGAAGGAAGCUCAACGGAAGCAGCGUCAGCCCAACAGCCGCGACAAUCGCUUUCUGAGGUGCGCAACCCACUCGAUUCCCUCAUCGGACCCUGAAGCAUACCUUUGCAUUACCAGUGUUGACAGGCUCAAUGAAAAGCGGGUCUCUCACAGCUUGGAGCAGCCUGCACAGAGCGUUGGCCCUUCCGACCUUUUAAAGAAGACUGUAGUCUGGGAUUCCCUUUGGAACCUGGACGCUCGUUACGAUAUCGGACCGCAGUACAGGCAGCCCUCGAGCUGAGGCUUGUUUGAAACUGGCAACUCCCAAGGGUUUAUAAAGAUCGCCUACGUAAAACAGGGGCAGAAAUGGAGUCAAACAACACAGAAUAAUGUCAGGGAAGUCAUGGCAGACCCUGCUGCAUCAUCAGGCUAGAAUGUUUUCGUAAUAU